AUGGCACCCCACGCAGAACCUUCACCACCUCCCUCUCCUACAGCGGACGGCCCCAAACAUUCCAGCUCUGACAACCGUGCUAGCUCUGAUUCCAACUCCGAGUCCAGGCCCGAUUCUCAAUUUUUCUCUCACCUCUCCACCUUUCCUCUCCUUGUAGACUCUCAAAACCUUCUUCAAUCUCACUUGCCCCGCAUAUUCACAACCUUUCUAAAUAAAGCCAACUCCCUCACAAAAACGUACAUACCUCCCUCCAUUCUUCACCGUGCCGACAGCUUUGGAAACACAGCUUUGACCCAAAUCGAGCAUACCUUCCCAAUUGUCAAGGCCCAAACCUCCCAGUUUACCUCAAAGCCAAAGGCAGUAUAUGAUAGGGUUAUCACUCGCCCAGUAACAUCCGUGCAAACAGCUAUGGACACCUAUAAAGCUGCCGGGAAAGAACGUAUGGAUAUUAUUAAACACAAUGUUUACGAUGCAUAUAAGACCUAUGCCGAACCUACAAUCGGGGUAUAUACAGACAAUUAUGUACGAAAGAUCAAUGACCGCCUCGAGGAAGCCUUGGACACAAAUAUGCCAAAAUCUUACAAGGAGGCCGUUGUUGAGGGGAAUGAUGAGGAGAAAGCAGCUCAACACAAAAAAGAUGAGAUUGAGCUCUAUCGAAGCAUGAGGAUUGCUAAGAACGCGAUGGAAAGAGGAAAGGCCAGGUUCUAUGUGCCAUUGCAGAAUAUGGUCCAGAAAACCGCGGAUGACGUGAAAGAGGGGGGCACAGGGAUCAAGGCAGAUAUUCGGAGUUCGCCUUCAAAGAUGAAAGAAGGGGCAGUGCAUCUCUGGAACGUUAUGGGCGAGGAGUUUUCAAAGCAGAAGACGGACGAGGGGAGUGUUGGGGUGAAAGGAACGAUGAAAGUUGUGUACAGAGUUGGCGAAAGGUGUGCAGAUUUCCUUUUAGUUGACCCAGCCCACCCAACACGGGGCUCCACAUACCUUACAAUCAAAGAGAACUGA